UAAGGAGAUCCCAACUGUUUGGAAUUGAAAAGCAUUGCAAUCAACAUGGGUUGUCCAAUUGGUGGUGGUUUUGCACUUUUAGGUCCCGUCUCUGCAGCGGUGACAUCAGCAAAACCAGCCGCGGGGUUGAAUUUCAAUCCAAACCAACAGUCAUUGUGAUUUGAUGUUUCAGUUCUUUCUCUCACCUACCAUAUUUGUGCACGUGUCUCACUUUUAUCUCCCUACACCUGGACUUCAGAACAUUCCCUAUACCUUGGAAUCACCAGAAGCUUCCGAGUUCUUAUCUACUGUACAAUCGGUCUCUCUGCACACCAAGCCCCUCACAGGACGGGUGUAGCAGAAAUGUCCAAUGAAGGCACCCAGUAACGGUCUCUAGCUCCACUUCUUAUUUUUCUUUUCGGCCAACCUGGAUAAUUUGUCUUAUUUGCUAUCCAAUUCCUUGGUUACACCAUGCCUCGGCGACACCAUGUCCGUGAUUACGACGAGGACAUGUACGAAGUGGAACGGGACCAUUAUCGUCAUAAGCACCAACACCGACCUCGAGGUGGGCGUCGUUACAAAGAGGAAGUACUUUAUGAACAACCUCGAGCGCCAAGCCCUCCACCAGUCGAUGAAUUUGACCGUCUUCGCAUUCGAGAUAAUCCAGGACCUGAAUUGAUCCGCGAACCCCCUCGUGAGACAUCGAGGGAGUUCCGGAAGGUUAGAGAUGACACGUUCAAAAGUCGGCGGCCACGUCGAAGAGAAAUUAUCGAGGAGGAAGACUAUGUCUCUCAAGAUGAAGAGUUAACUAGGAAGAUGACGGAAAGUGACUCCGAAGGAGAGAUUCCUAUCAUUCCAAGCAGACGUUCUGCGCCGCACCGCGGUGAUGUCCGCGACGAGUUCUCGAAACAUGGAACUCGUCGCUCAGAAUAUGAACGGGACUUACCACCCAGCAUCGAUGAUUUAAAACACGAAUAUAGAAGAACCCUCGGUGACCCUCGUUACCAUGCACUGCCGCGGUUACGCCCUGGAUCGGGUCCUGUCACGGACCUUGAUGAGGACGAAUAUGAACAGGAAGAUGAGCUUUUAUUCCGAAAAGAGAGGCGAAGAAGGCAUCCAAACAAACUUGACCUCCAACAGAACGAUCAAGACAUGUCAUCCCUUGAAUCAGAAGAUUCUGCGGAUGUUUCUCUAGAUCAGGUGCCCAUACAUCACAACUUAGCGAAGCGGCAUAUGCAUAGCCCGGAAGGUUAUCACAUACCCCGUCCUCCACGUCCGCCCCGUGCACCUAGUCCAGAAGUUAGUUUUGAGAAGCCUAGGAAGGAAACGUCAAGAAGCACAUCCCUUGAAGAGAUACUCGUUGAGGAACGUGGUGGGCCGGAGCCCCCAAUCCUGGCACGGGGGCCACCCGCAGAACCUUUAUUCCGGCAAAGGCAGGAAGGCUUUCCAAUCCAUCGAUCCCGACCAAGGUCUAUCGAACGUGAGAAAGAAAUAUCCAUUCACGAAGUUACGCCAAAUGGCGGGCGCAUGCUCGACGAACGCGAAGUAGCGGAAGAGGUCUAUAGUAGACCUCGUGAGCUUGAGCGGCCUAUACGGGAAAGUACCCCCAAAAUGGCCGGAGAGGACUGGGCAAUUGUCACCGCUGCCCCUAAGGCAGAUCGAGAAGCCAUUCUAGAUGAUAUUCCUCAGGGGGGUAAAGAACCCCUCACCAAAGACAGAAAGCCUAAAUUCACUGUAAGUGAAGAAAGACAUUCGGAAAGUGAUCCGGAUUUUGCACGGGGCAAAGUAGGGCGACGAUAUAUAGGGAUGAAAGACCAACGAGAUGGGCUCUGGACGGAGAUCACCAAAGAUCUCGUGGUGAGGGAAGCAAUUGAAAAGUCAGGAUAUGAAUACGAGGAAACAGUGUCUUCUUAUUACGUAUUUUCAUACCUUCAAUUCGAAGAUGUUUCUGCUCUGGUUGACUUAUCAGAAGAAAUUCGUCGCGCACGCCGACGACGGAUCCAGGAGAUCCAUCGUGGGAGGACCUCUUUACCUCCUCCCCCACCCCCUCCAGUACCACCAGCAGCAAUGCCAGGGGAUCGGCCAUUGAUGCUAGACAGGCCGGCUUCUCCUCCCUUCCGUCAUCGCGAAGAGCGACGGAUAAAAGAACGCAAUCUAGUUGACGACCGGCGUGGGAGGCCUCAUUCGGGCAGAUGGUGAAAUACUUAUCUGCCCACACAGGUAGCUUAUUUGGAAGGCCGGUCUUUCAUUG